AUGCUGACUCUGACAGGAGCGGAAACCGAAGGCAGUUGGAAAACUGGGCUUGGGAUAGGGCGGAAGUGCCGAGUUUACGGACGUCUUGGUAAGGGCGGAAGUAGGUGCCUCAGCGGAAGUGGCGCCAGUAAGGGCGGAAGCAGUGUGGCUGGCGUCAGAACUGGGGUUCCAUCCCCGGUGGGCUGCCACCCUCCCUGGGCUGCCACAAUGGAACUCAGUGCCGAGUACCUCCGGGAGAAGCUGCAGCGGGAUCUGGAAGCGGAGCACGUGGAAGUGGAGGACACGACUCCCAACCGUUGCGCGUCCAGCUUCCGAGUCCUCGUGGUGUCGGCCAAAUUCGAGGGGAAGCCGCUGCUUCAGAGACACCGUUUCCCUGGACCAGGAGAACUAGUAACUACUCGCAAGUCUGCUUCACUGGGAGGGCCCAACAUCGCAUCCCCCUCCCCACUCCUUGCCAAUACAGGUCCCUCUUAUAGAGGCCAGGCCCAGGCAGAAGCCACCGACAAGGCUCAAGCAGCAGCCGCACGGUGCAGGAAAGGCUCUGAACUGGACGGGAAGACUGUGUCAUAACUCAGGAUCUGCCCUCUCCUGCUCUGCCCCUCAGUUUCCUCACUUGUAAACUAAGGUCAGGCCCACUAUUUUGGGCCUAAGCUUCCUCCCUACAAAGAACCCCUUAUUUUGAUCCCUUGGGCCUACAGCUUGACAGCUGUCAUGUAAGCACUGGUUGCUUCAUUUCCCCAAGCAGCAGGGUCAGGACAGCUGAUGUUGCGGUUGACUAGCAAAGGCAGACUGGGGAGUAAACAUGAGAAUGACUGAGGCGCCAUCCAGGCUAGAGCCCUGAGCAGCCCAGACCUACCAGCUGGAAAGCAGAGCAGGCUCCCCACCUGUAUCAGCACAGGGUGGCUCCCCCCUGCCCCACAAAGGCCUGUUCCUAUCUGCGGAGGGCGGGGGUUCCCAGGCCCCGGGAUCUGCUGCCUGAUGAUCCGGGAUGGAGCUGAUGUAAUAAUGAUGGAAAUAAAGUGCACACUAAAUGGAA